AUGCAAAGCUGUAGCUCACACUGCUAUGCUACUGUGUCAACAUAGCAGUACAAAUUACGUACUGAACUGAACAUAUACAGAAGAAAGAAAAAAAGUAAAGCAGAGAAAACAAGAUAAUGGACUCAAUCAUGAGAAGGUAUCAAGAAGAAGAAGAAGAAGAAGCAUGCCUCAAUGCGAUGCUAUUCUCCAGCUCUCAUGUCUUCCCUAUGGUCUUCAGUGCAGCCAUUGAGCUUGACCUCUUUGGUAUCAUUGCCAAAUCAGGCCCUGGAGGAGCUCAUGUUUCAGCCUCCGAAAUUGCUUCUCAUCUUCCUACAAAAAAUCCUGAUGCUCCUUCCAUGAUCGACCGGAUGCUGCGUCUCUUCGCUAGCCACUCUCUCCUGUCUUCCUCUUUAAGAACCCUCCAUGAUGGUCGAGUUGAAAGACUUUAUGGGCUAACACCUGCCUGCAAAUUCUUCCUUGGCAGCAAAGAAGAACAAGGCUCUCUGGCUCCCUUAUCCGCCCUUUCUACUCACCCAGCUACUGUUCAGGUUUGGUUACACAUGAAGGAAGCAAUUCUUGAAGGUGGGAAUAUGUUCAAGAAGGUGCAUGGAAUAUCUAUAUUUGAAUACAUGAAAAAGGAUUCAGAAUUCAACAGGAUUUUCAAUGAGGCAAUGGCUGGUCUCUCUACUGUUAUCAUGAAUGCAAUUUUAGAGACAUAUAAAGGAUUUGAGGGAAUUACAUCACUGGUUGAUGUUGGUGGUGGCACUGGUAAAGUCCUUCAUAUGAUCAUCUCCAAGUACCCUUCCAUCAAAGGCAUCAACUUUGAUCUGCCUCAUGUUAUAGAAAGUGCACCUCCUAUCCUUGGUAUUCAGCAUGUUGGAGGAGAUAUGCUAACAGCUAUUCCAACCGGAGAAGCAAUCAUGAUUAAGGACACAUGCCACAACUGGAGUGAUGAAAUAGUUAUACAAGUGCUGAAGAACAUUUACAAAAUGUUACCAGGAAAUGGGAAACUUAUAAUAAUGAACGCAGUGCCGCAGAGAGAAGCAAGUCAUCUCGAUGUUUCCGGGCUUGACAAUACCAUGCCGAUGCGACUGCAGGGAAAGAAAGGACUGCCAAGGAAUUUGAGUUCCCGACACAGCAAAUUUGGAUUCUCUAACUUUCGUGUUGCCUGUGUUGCUCGUGGUAUCUGGGCUGUCAUGGAAUCCUUCAAGUAAAUCAUUUUUUACUUAUUGGUUUAUUGUCGGUAGAGAUAAUGAAAUAAAAUGUAAUUAAAUUUUGUUACAAAGUGUAACAAAAUAAGUCUUUGAUUGCUAUCUUUGGUUGGGGAAGGAAAAUUCUAUGCAUAUCAGAACAUUUACAGAUUUGAACUAAAUUCGAACUGUUUGGAUCAUUUUACGCUUGUAGUUGGAGCUAAUAGAAUUCAUGAUGCAAUUCUACA